UAAAUAGAGCUUCGUUGUUGUGCUUUCAAUCGUCAACGGUGCAAAGUAAGCUGAAAGCAGAGAGAGUGCGUGAGAGAACGCGGGCUAAAACUUGUGAGGACUCCACUCCAUCUAUCAAUGGCCACCAAAGUGUAUAUCGUGUACUAUUCUAUGUACGGACAUGUAGAAAAACUAGCAGAAGAGAUAAAGAAAGGGGCUGCAUCUGUUGAAGGGGUUGAAGUCAAAUUAUGGCAGGUCCCUGAGACACUACCAGAGGAGGUGCUUGGGAAAAUGAGUGCACCUCCAAAAAGUGACGUACCACUCAUUACUCCUGGCGAACUGGCUGAGGCUGAUGGGUUUGUUUUUGGCUUCCCCACGAGAUUUGGAAUGAUGGCUGCUCAAUUCAAAGCAUUUCUUGAUGCAACUGGAGGUCUAUGGAGAACACAACAGCUUGCAGGCAAACCUGCUGGGAUCUUUUUUAGCACCGGAUCCCAAGGCGGCGGACAAGAAACUACUGCGUUGACUGCCAUUACUCAGCUGGUUCACCAUGGGAUGAUCUUUGUGCCCAUUGGAUACACAUUUGGAGCCGGCAUGUUUGAGAUGGAGAAAGUGAAAGGUGGUAGUCCUUAUGGUGCUGGAACUUAUGCUGGCGAUGGCUCCAGACAGCCAACUGAACUUGAAUUAGAGCAGGCUUUCCACCAAGGGAAGUAUGUUGCGACCAUUACAAAGAAACUUAAGGGAGCUGCAUGAUUUCUAUUGACUAAAUUGAUAUUGCUUGGCAUUCUCAUAUAUUUUUUUCUCUAUACUUUCAGUGUCGUAUUUCUUUGUGCUUGCAACAGAUUAUUUCUUGCUUUGUUGGAAUACAUGCUUUGUAUGUGCUAUAUUCAGUACAGUGAUUUCUAUCAAUGAUAAAACUCUGCUUAUUUUUGUGUGUC